UGCGUGUGUGUGUGUGUUUGUAUGCGGUUCGAUGUCAUCACAAAAAUAUGCAUACGAGAUUGGGCAACUGUUGAAGAAUUUGAAUGCGACCACUAGCAACAUACCGCGAGAAAAUAGCUCCACCACAGCAACCAUGCCAGCGGACCAGCAGCACACUCACACCAACCCCACCACCGCUCACGGCGUGCUCGGCUGGAGUUGCGAAAACGUAAGCGACUGGGCGCGGAAGGAGGGCCUGUCGCGGUGCAUCAUCGAUUGGAUUGGCCGGGAGGACAUCGAUGGGCGCUGUCUGCUCGCGAUUACCGAACAGGAUGUGCACGAUCUACCGCAACACUGUGCCUCGCCGCUGCGCUUUGGCGACAUUAAGCGCUUCUGGUUUGCCACGCGGCUCCUGCAGCGGCAACAUUUGGCCACGACGGGCCCGCUAGGUUUGGCGGGGCUGUGGACGCCCGACUACAGUAUGAACGAUAUCGCCUCCUCCGUCGGACACCAUCAUCCGAUGCAUCAUCAGCCUCACCACCAUCAGCAGCAGCAGCACCAGCAACAUGCUGGCAUGGGGACGCCCCAUCAUCAUCCACAUCCGCAUCCACAUCAUCAUGUGUCGCAGCACCAUCAUCACCAUGCCGCCUCGCUGCUGUCCAGCAUGGGCACCAGCUACGGUUCGGUCGGGUACAGCUACAGCGACCUGGAGCGCAUCUCCCCGCCAAUGUCCAUCGACGGGUGCGCCACGUGCAUUCAGCCGGAAUUUUUCAAAACCAUGAUAAGUUUAGGAUACGCCUUUCUCGUUACCUGGAUCACCGCAUUCGUGAUGGUGGUGGUGCACGAGCGGGUGCCGGACAUGAAGAAAUAUCCACCCCUGCCGGACAUCUUCCUGGACAAUGUGCCGCACAUACCGUGGGCCUUCCACAUGUGCGAGGUAACCGGCACGAUACUGUUCUGCAUCUGGAUAUGCGUACUGGUAGUGCACAAGCACCGGAUGGUGCUGUUGCGCCGGUUCUUCGCCCUGGCUGGUACCGUGUUUCUGCUGCGCUGCGUAACGAUGCUGAUUACGUCCUUGAGCGUACCGGGAACCCAUCUGGAAUGUACGCCGCACGAUCACAAGUUCGACGACAGCAACGUGCGCAUAACGGAAAUGAUCUAUCUGCGAAUCAGCCGUGCCUACACCAUCUGGAGCGGGCUCGGCAUGUCCAUACAGGGCGUCCGCACAUGCGGUGACUACAUGUUUAGCGGCCACACCGUCGCCCUCACGCUGCUAAACUUCUUCAUUACCGAAUAUACGCCCCGGAACCUGUACUUCCUGCACACGCUCACCUGGCUGCUGAACAUGUUUGGCAUCUUCUUCAUACUGGCCGCCCACGAACAUUACUCAAUCGACGUGUUCGUGGCGUUCUACAUAACCUCGCGACUAUUUCUGUACUAUCACACGCUUGCUAACAAUCAGGCCCUCAUGUCGCACGAUUCCAACCGUACACGCAUAUGGUUUCCCAUGUUCAGCUACUUCGAAAGCUCGGUCGACGGUAUCAUCCCGAACGAGUACGACACGGUGUACGGCGUGGUGUACAAGAUCUUCGCCUGCGUGCUGUACGUGAAGGACGUGUGCAUGCUCACCGCCCGCCGGUUCUGGAUCACCAACAUCGACGGGCCGGCCGGCGUACUGAGGACGAAGGUGGUGCUGCUGCAGCACCUGCACCUGCAGCAGAAGCAGCAAGGCCAUGCGCAACCACCGGCAUCGUCCAGUGCCGGCGAUGAGACGGAUCUAGCCGGCAACGGGGGCAAAGGCGGCGGCGCGGUGGAACCGAAAGCUACGCAGCUACCGAACAAUCUCGACAGUGCGGCACAACCGAACAACAACACCGGCAGCAAACGUACGCCGGAACGAAAGCCCGUCAAGUGUAACAACAUCAUCGGCGCGGAUGUUGACGUGGCCAGCUUGAAGCGUAAAUCGUUCGGCAACAUUAGCGCGACGCUGCCGAAAAGUGUGAACGAAUCUUUGAAGCUGAACAACAAUAAUAACAAUAAUAACAACAUUAACAACUACCAUCUGCCUUCGGCCGCCGCGGUAAGCAAUGGCAAUGGGACUGGGAGUGAGGCGAGUGGACCAAAGGACAACACCAAGAAGGAGCUGUAGUGCUUCGUAGUAGCGCGUAGUGUUACUACAAUCGAGAUCACUUUACUGUUGCGAUGAAGAGGCUUCGUAAAGCUUCCUAUAUGCGGUGGGAGCUUUCCCUCCACGGUAGUUACUAUUAAUUUAAUUUAAUUAUCAGGGGUUACACUAAAGACAUCGUUUAUUCGUUGCAUUACUCGUAGUGAGGGAAGAAACGGAUACAUACUAUAGUCUGUAAUGUAGUGUACUUCGUUUGCUGUUAUAUCUAUCAUUGGUUGCGCAUAAACUGCUGUUAUAGAUGUGAGGAAAGGCCAACAGUAUGUAACGUUAACGUUGUUAACCAGCCACCGAGCAAGUGUUGACAUGAGGAAAAACCUUUUCGGAUUUUUCGUACAAACGAUCAAAUAGGAGCCCUGCAACAAGGUGUGUGGUUCGAUCGUAACAGAGAGAACUGGAAACUGUUUGUGAUAUUGUUUUUCAUUUUUUUUAAAUCAGUUAGUAAUGCCGUCAGCCAUUGCCCGUUGAUUUUCGCGAAUGUUGGCCGUUCGUUCGCGUGCGCGGUUUUAUCUUCAUCCUCGUAGUUAAAUCCUCAUGUUUCCAUGUUGUCACCAGUUCGCUCUUAUUUAUUGUCAUUCCGCAGGUUGAUUUAAGUGUGGAAGUGUUUUUUGUUUGUUUUAGGAUUAAAUAUGUAUUACUUUUAUAUCUACUUGCGUCCGCUAGAGGCAAACAACUAAGAAAUCAAACAUAGUACCGACGAUUUGUGGUUUGGUGUAACAAGAAAGAUAGAGAGAGCGUUGCGUUAGACUGUUAACAAAAGUUAGAUACUUUAACAACUUCUCAAGUCCAGUGCAGCAUUAUUGGGUAUGAAUUAAGGCAAAAUGGGAAGCUUUCAACCGGCGUAAUACUAGUCGAGAGUCUAGUGCGAUUGGGCACUGAUAUAUAACACAGAACAGAAGUAAUAGUUCGCUGCUUUUCUUUCGCAGUGUCCACCCCUUCUCUAGGUAGUAUGAUAAGAACUUAUUCCGUCUGACACAACUUUUCAUGCUGCAGCCUGUUGCACCAUCAGUAAUUCGGUAAUGCGUAAUGUGAUCUAAAACAUGGAUAGCCAAGCUCUUCCCUUAGGCUUUACUUAUUGCGGAGCUGCAGAAGGAAACGUUUAGAAAUUUCCACACAUUUCCGAUUUAAGCAGAGGCUGAACCAGAACGAUGCCAAAAUUGUAAUUUACAAACGAACAACAAAAAGAAGGGAAACGAUUUGUUUUUCCCCCCUAACUCUUCCUUGCUCAUUUACACAGAUUCCAACUUCUGCUAAAACUUAUUCAUACUUUACUUACCGUGAAUGAAUUCAGCAAACGCACACGCGCACAGACACACACACCACUCAACUUACGAAAGCAAUAGGAGCUUGUAAUGGCACUUCAGGAAUCAAGAAUAGGAUACCUUUUAUAAAAAAAUACUCCAUCUUUUCUCGUGCGGGCAGAUACAGUCGAGCAGAAGGAAAAAGCGAGAGAUUGUUUAACGAGUAGAUUUUCCAACGAAUCGAGAAGAAAAUAAGAAAUACAGUUGCUUCAAAUAUUUGACUAAUUGAAGAUAAA